UCUGACCCAAACGCAGCGAAUUCUAAUUUGAACUUUUCGUCGGAGCUCUGGUGAUCCUCACCAUUUACCUCGAAUCUGCGAGCUCGAGACGGCGGAGGAAGACAUUCUUCCAUGGCGAUCCUCUACGCCGUUGUGGCGAGGGGCACGGUGGUUCUGGCGGAGUUCUCUGCUGUCACGGGGAACAUCGGCGCCGUCGUCCGGCGGAUCUUCGAGAAGCUUACACCGGAAACCGACGACUCCAGGCUUUGCUUCUCUCAGGAUCAUUACAUCUUCCAUAUUCUCAGAUCCGAUGGCCUCAUUUUCCUCUGUAUGGCCAACGACACCUUUGGAAGGAGGAUUCCAUUUUCGUACUUGGAGGAUAUUCAUAUGAGGUUCAUGAAAAACUAUGGCAAAGUGGCCCUUUACACACCUGCUUACGCAAUGAAUGAUGAAUUUUCGAGGGUUUUGCAUCAGCAGAUGGAGUUCUUCUCCAGUAAUCCUAGUGUAGAUACUCUCAGUCGUGUUAGAGGAGAAGUCAGCGAGAUUCGCGCAGUCAUGGUGGAUAACAUCGAGAAAAUACUGGAGAGGGGUGAUAGGAUCGAGCUUCUUGUUGAUCGGACUGCAACUAUGCAAGAUAGUGCGUUUCACUUCAGGAAACAAUCAAAGCGCCUCCGUCGAGCUCUCUGGAUGAAAAAUGCUAAGCUCCUGGCGUUGUUGACGGGGUUGAUCGUUCUAUUGCUUUACUUGUUAAUUGCUGCUUUCUGUGGAGGCAUCUCUUUACCAUCAUGCAGAUCUUGAAUCUUGACGAUGGCCCCUGUUCUAGCCUUUAAGCUCCAUUGACGCGUCUUCCCUUUUUAAGGUAUCGGACUUAAUGGUUCUUUCCGGAAGCCUUGCCUUUGUAUAUGUAUAAUCUCUUUGUAAAUGCUCUGCGUUGUUGAAUGUUUCGAAUGUAUAAUGUCAUAGCAUUCAUCAGCUUUGUCUGUCUUAACAGACAAAAAGUCUUCCUGUUUCAACCCUGAGUUUGUGAUGAUGAUUUGUCCAAAGAAGAAGCCUUGUCUUCAUGCUUGGCUUUGCGUUUUCGUUGCCUCUGUAACAAAGCAAUGGAUAUCUUGUUUGA